GGGAAGAUUCGAUUUGCAAUGUCCCGCCCGCUGAAGUAGAUCAUUAUUCUGUGCAGAAUCGCAUCCGCCCAAAGCCAUACGCAUGCCUGAUUUCCUUGGCGAUGGUUGUGGAGAUCGGAUAUUGACAGCUGCAUCUCCCUGGCUGCGAUCCAACAAUGGCUGCGAGGUGAGAAAAAGUGCCAAUGGCUGGUCACUGGUCGCCACAAAGCAUUUUGGUCAGGGAGAUGUGGUCUUGGAAGAAUGCCCGGUGAUGCGCGGCCCCUCAACGUUUCCAUGGAAUACGCCCGAGGAGCUCAAGAAAAGCUUGGAAGGUCAAGACCGUUGUGUGCGUGUGUCAGAAUGGAUGUUUGCAUCGCACGUCGCCUUCCCAACUCACUCAGAGGACUUAUGGAUCGAUGUGGAUUUCCUCACAAAUGAAUUGGCCAUGUUUGCUCCCUUAGAUAGCCAUGCAGCGGAUUCAUACCGCGCAGAACUAGCGAAGAUUAUGGCUCCAUCACAGCUAAGUGAGACUUUGUUGCGAGGCCUGUUAAUGGGAAAGUUUUCCUCCUUUCCUUACGGUGAUGGCAGCGAUGGCCGAUGUUUGUUUGGUCUUCUCAGCAAGCUCAACCACUCCUGCUAUCCCAACACUGUUUGCCUUUGGCCUGGUCCUGUGAGCGCGCCCAGCGCCCAGCUACGCGCGGUCACUCGGAUCCAGGCAGGGGAGGAGCUGACCUUUUCCUACCUCGGCAAUGACUUUCCACUGCGAGUGCGUUCCACGGAGAAGCGGCGCGAGAGGCUUUUUCGAGGCUUCGAAUUCAACUGCUGUUGUGAGCUGUGUGAAGCCAAAGAACCAAAGACUACUGGACAGCUUUGCAAGCGUGCCCUGGCCUUUGGGAAGCCACCACCCUUUCCAAAGUCGAAGAAAGAAGUUGUUGGUGGAGGCCAGUGAGCUCAAUCCCGAUACCCGCGCUGGCAUCAAAGCAAUGAAAGCGGUGUGGUAUCGGCAGGUGGCGAAAUCCAAAUUUAGAGUGGCAGGGAAGGAAACAUGCUUCCCGGAGAAAA